UAAAUAUUGUUGUACAGACGGCGCCACUUUUGAAUUAGCCUGUCAUCAGGUGUUGUCAAAUCGGUUCAAGGCUGGUUCAAGGUUCGUAAAACGUGAAAUGCACAGUUAGUCUCAAGUUUUAAUCGUCGUGUCAUCGUUGUAGUGUUAAGUAACAAAUUACAGAGAUGAGCUUUGUCGGAAUCAUCAAGUUUUUUACUCGUAGAACUUUUGAAUUACUAAUAAUCGCUUUAUUAGUUGCGUUUCUCCCGAAAAUCCCUCCUGAGGCCAAAUUUGAAAAACCGUACAAAGUUGCUCCACCUCGGCCUUUCGAGGGGGCGCUUAAGCUUAACGAGAAACUUAACGAUGUAGAAAUUUGGCAUAAAGGGGACCUUCACGGACCUGAGGCUUUCGUUGAUUACAACGGAGAGUUGUAUACGUCAUUACAUGGGGGUGAUGUUGUUAAGUUGACAGGAAAUCAUAUUAUCCCCAUUGUAAAAUUUGGGAAACCUUGUAAAGGAAUUUAUGAGGAACAAAUCUGUGGGCGCCCCUUGGGCAUGGCUUUUGAUAAGAAUGGGGUUUUGUAUGUCGCUGAUUCGUACUAUGGAUUGUUCAAAGUUGAAGUCAGAACCGGCAAAAAGGAGAGAUUAGUUGCGGUUGAUGAAAAGAUCGACGGUCGGAAUGUAACCCUCCCAAAUUCUGUGGCUGUGGCCAGCAAUGGUGAUAUUUUUUGGACAGAUUCUAGCACCGAAUUUAAUUUGCAAGAUGGUGUUUUUGACUUGUUGGCGGACGGGAGUGGGAGAUUAAUUCAUUAUGAUCCAAAAACGAAAAAAAAUAAAGUUCUAAUAGCAGAUUUGCAUUUUGCAAACGGUGUUGUAUUAUCUGACGAUGAGGAGUUCGUCUUAGUUGGUGAAACAGUUCGCAGCCGUAUUCACCGUUACUAUUUGAAGGGUCCCAAAAAAGGCACCCAUGAUAUUUUCAUUGAGGGUCUUCCCGGUCUCGUUGAUAACUUGAAAGCCGACGGAAAGGGCGGAUUCAUCGUUCCUUUGGUCGUAGCUGUCGAUAACGAACACCCACUACUUACUCAAAUUAUGGGUCCUUUUCCCUUAUUACGAAAAUUCGUAGCUAGAAUUUUGGGUUUAGUUCAGUUCGGGUUCAAAGUUAUUGGUGAUAUUUAUCCGAACGAAUUUUCAAAACGCGGCGUGCAUUUCGUAGGUCAUUUCAGCAUGGCUUCGUUCUUGUACCCGAAAAGAGUCACGAUUUUACAUUUGUCCAAAAACGGAGAAAUCAAAGACAGUUUGCACUGUUUCAAUAAGAAACUAUCGGGAAUUAGCGAAGCGCACAUCUUUAAAGAAACUCUUUACCUUGGAUCGCCUUUUAACGAUUACAUCGGACGCAUUCCAUUGUCGAAAAUAGGUUGGGAGCACUUGAAACCAGCCCCAGCUCCUAAACCUACAACAACAACACCUAAACCUACAACAACAACAACACCUAAACCUACUACAACAUCAAAGCCUACAACCACAACAACGCCAAAACCUACCUCUACUACUACUACACCUAAGCUUACGACAACGACGCCUAAACCUACGACAACGACGGCUAAACCUACAACCACAACACCUAAACAAACACCACCGACAAAACCCGCUCAAAAAGAAGCUCAAGCAAAAUCCGUAAAGGACCAACCCAAGGCAGUACCAGUCAAAGAAUCUCCCAAAAAGAAUUAAUUUCUAGUAAGCUGUGAUGUUCCAGUUGUUAACCGUUUUAUAUCGUCGCGGUUGUUUUUGAUAAUUUUUAUUUAAUAGACUGAUAGUCUCUUCCAACUUGUAUAAAAAAGUGAACAUUCCAUUUAUCAAGAAUUCCUCUUUUUUUAUUCACCUUGUAUUGAUAUUAUAUUUUGUAGGAAUCUCAAUGUUAUGGCAGGAUUAUUGUUUGGUGAUACUUUACAUAAUUUUAUAUGUAUCUUAAUAAUUAUUUUGUAUUGGGUUCUCUUUGUUGGAUGUGAUGUACCUACUAUUUAAAUAAAAUUGUUUAUAACAAU